GGAAAUCAACCGGAAAGGACAGAAAUAUUUCGCGCCAAAUUGAAACAACGGCGCAGUCAGUUUGGAGCGACGACGUGACACAAACCAACAGGCUCCGCUUCAAACCUUCUGUCCUUAUUCCUCACACAAGUUUUGCUAACAUGGAAGAGGCCAACAAGCUGAUCGGCACCGGCAAGAAGCACCUGGUGAUGGGGAAGGUGGUGGAGGCGGUGAGCGCCCUGCAGGAGGCCUGCGGCAUGCUAGCUAAAAAGUACGGAGACACAGCAGACGAGUGUGGAGAGGCUUUCUUCUGGUGCGGUAAAGCUCUGCUGGAUUUGGCGCGGAUGGAGAACUCGGUCCUGGGUAACGCUCUGGAAGGAGUACCUGAAGAGGACGAUGAAGAAAAACCCAAGGAUUCAAACGUUGACGGCACAGAAAACAUUGAUGAGAAGACCAGAGACGAGCUGAGGGUCCAGGUGUAUGAUGCCAUGGCAGAGAAGAAGGAUGAAGAGAAACAGAGUGAGCACAAAGAAAAACAGACCGAAGAGAACAAGAGCGACGACAAAGGAAAGCAGACUGAAGAAAAAGAGAAGAGUGAUGCUGAGAAGCCUGAAGCUGCUGCUGAUCAACCCAACACUACAGAGAAAGAGGAAAAGAACGAAGCAACUGAAAUCAAAUCUGACAAAAGUGAAGAAAAGACGGAAAACGAGAAGGAAGCUGAGACAGAAUCUGGAGAUAAGGACGAGGAGAUGGAAGACGGUGAGGAAGAGGAGGAGGAGGAGGAAGACGGUGAUGAUGCAGAGGAGAAGGGAGACGAUGCUGCUGAGAAGGACAGUGAUGAGGAGGAGGAGGAGGUGGGGAACCUGCAGCUGGCCUGGGAGAUGCUGGAGGUGGCGAAGGUCAUCUACAAAAGGAAAGAGGCCAAAGAGGACCAACUGAUGGCAGCACAGACUCACUUGAAACUGGGAGAAGUUUCUUCUGAAUCAGGAAAUUACACGCAGGCGUUGGAGGAUUUCGAGGAAUGUCUGAAGCUGCAGGUGAAACACCUGGACGCAGACAGCCGGCUGCUGGCUGAGACUCACUACCAGCUCGGUCUGACCUACAGCCUCAACCAGCAGUACAGCAAAGCCAUGGAGGAGCUCCAGAGCUCCAUCUCUGUCAUCAAGAGCAGGCUGGAGAAGCUGCAGGAGCUGCUGGAGAAGGCCGAGGGCCCCGAGGCUCUGCCUGACGAGAGGAAGGAGAUGGAGGAGCUGAAGGCUCUGCUGCCGGAGAUCCAGGAGAAGGUGGAUGACGCUGCAGAAACCAUGAAGGUGACCAGCGCUGCUGCUGCUGCUGCUGAGGGCGGAAAACUGGACGGAGGCUCCACUUCCUCUGCGUUCUCUGGCUCCUCCACACAGAACGGAGACUCCUCAUCCAGCUCAAAGAUUAACGGCACGACGACCAACGGAGUCGGCUCCACCAACGGACACGCCUCCACCGCCCCCGUCUCCAACAUCUCCCACCUGGUCAGGAAGAAGAGGAAACCAGAGGAGAGUCCAGUGAAGGAGGGCGUGGUGAAGAAGGUGAAGCAGGCCGAGGGUCACACUAACGGAGACACUAACGGACAGAGUAUGGAGGUGGAGAAGUAAGUGAAGACGACUCUCCAGGUUUUCGUCUCCACCAAAGAGAAUCUCCAACGCCGAGCUCUUACUGUCGCUACACUUGUUUGCUGCUGUAAAUAUGUGUUUUCUGUGCUUGUUGUAAUGUAAGUGGUUAUUCACAUAUAUAACCUAUAACGUUGAAUAAAGAAUAUUAUUUGAUAA